AUGAUUUCAUCUUCUUCCGAGGCUUACACUGCCAAACUAUUUGACCCAAAAGACAUCUUCUUGAAGCUAAGAAAAAGUUGGAAAAGACCAUUAGUUACUAACUUUUGCAUGAUUUUACUAUCUUUGGGCAUUGCGUUUUUUUACAUCAUUUUGAUUGUAAUAACCUCCAUCUUCCCGUCAGAUUCGUAUUAUGUUUUGUGCUUAGGAGUUAUAGGUCUUACCAUUCUAGUUUGGUACUUUUACUUGGAUGCCCUUUGGGAGGUAAGUCUGAUUGUUUCCGUUUUAGAAGAGGGGUCUAGUGGACUUAAAGUGAUUGGAAGGGCUGCAAACUUGAUCAAAGGUAAAAGACUACAAGCGUCGUUGAUGAUGGUAGUUUCUUUGAUUCCCCAUGGUCUUCUUGUUAUGAUGACUAAAUUCCUUACAAGCUAUAACCAGAGCUUGGACGAUGAGUUGGCUUUCACGAUUCCUUUUAAAAACUUGUUUUUUUGCUUCAUGAAGCUAUUUAUGUUAGUUGCAUUCACUGUUUUCUAUCAUGAACGGAAAACAAGCCAAGACGAGAAGGAGGAAGGCAAUAAUGGAAUUUAUCUUCCCAUUGCUUCUGGUGAUGGAGUUUAG